AUGGCAAUUGGUGCAUGCAUACGAGGAUUUAAGUCGUCAAUGCGGCCCGUGAUUGCUGUUGAUGCUACCCAUUUGAAGUGCAAGUAUAAAGGUGUUUUGUUUGUUGUGACCGCAUUUGAUGGAAAUCAGAACAUAUAUCCUGUUGCAUUUGGGAUUGGAGAUUUGGAGACGGAUGCAGCUUGGGAGUGGUUUUUGAGAAAACGACAUUGUGCAAUUGGCAAUAUCAAAGCCUCAUUUAAGUUGAAGCAGUGGGAUCCGAUAUUGGGGAUAAACAAUGACAGGGUGCGAACUUAUUUACUACGUGCAGGCGUCCAGAAGUGGUCUCGGGCCCAUUGUGAUGGACGACGAUAUAAUGUGAUGACAACGAAUAUUGUGGAGUCCAUUAAUUCAGUUCUUCGGCAACGUCGAGAGUUAGCAAUGAAAUCUCAUUCUACGUUGUGCCCUGAUUUAGGGGAAAAAAAGUUAAGGAAGAGGUUAGACGCUGCGUCAAGGAUGAAUGUGGUCAAAAUCAAUAAUGUCGAGUUUAAUGUUCUGGAUGGUGAUUUGAACGGUCUGGUGCACUUGCAAAACCGUAGUUGUACAUGCAGGAAGUUUGACUUGGAGCAACUCCCGUGCAAGCACGCUAUUGCUGUAUGUCGGCACUUGAAAUUGAACCCCUACUCCUUUGCCUCUUCUUAUUAUACACGAGCUACAUGGGCAGCUGCAUAUGCUGAAUCUAUUUAUCCUAUACCACCUGAAGGCACGUGGGUUAUUCUCGAAAAUUUGAAGAAGGUCAAAAUCCUCCUCCUCUUUGUAAGGUUAUGCCUGGCCAUCGCAAAACGCAAAGAAUAG